AUGGCUACCGCGAUAAUUUAUGUUAUGGAUCGCGAUCAAAAACCAAUUGAAUGUAGGACGUUAAUCGACACAUGUUCCAACGCAAAUUUCAUCACGGAAGAUCUAGCAUCAAAAUUAAGACUUCCGGCGAAACAACACACAACGACAAUAGAAGCCUUAAAUCAAUUAAGCACCGUAACCACACAGAUCGUUUCGACCAGCAUUAAAUCCCGAUUAUCGAAUUUCAAGAGAACUCUGACAUUCAUUACGAUACCGCUAAUCUCAGGACCGAUACCAGAUCAGCAAAUUGACCGCGGUAAAAUUCCGAUUCCCGCGAAUAUUAAUUUAGCCGAUCCGCACUUUCACCGACCAACAUCCGUCGAUAUGCUCUUAGGCAUCGAUACGGCCUUAGCAUGUUUGAGCGUCGGUCAAAUAGAUAUCUCUCCAUCUAAUAAAACCGAUUUGAUACUCCAGAAGACAUUAUUCGGAUGGAUCAUCGGGGGGAGUCUAUCUACUUCAAUGGCAAGGCAUAAGGUCUUUCUUACUACUCCAAAUUUCGACCUGAAGAAAUUUUGGGAAUUAGAGGAGGGUCCUCAGGUACGAUACCUGUCUGCCGAAGAACAAGAGUGCGAAGAGCAUUUUCGGAAUCACACCAAGCGGGAUAAAUCAGGUCGAUAUAUUGUAGCAUUACCCUUUAACGAGAAAUAUACGCUAUUGGGCGAGUCUCGGUCGCGCGCUCUGAACCGUUUUCUGUCGUUGCAAAGGAAAUUCAAUCGUGAACCGAAAUUAAAAUGCGAAUACGCCAAUGUAAUUCAAGAAUAUCAGGAUCUUGGUCACAUGAGCGAAGUUCAGCCGAAUGAACGAGACGAUUUCUACCUGCCUCACCACGCGGUCAUAAAACCUUCAAGCGCAACUACAAAGGUUCGUGUCGUUUUCGAUGGGUCGGCCAAAACGAGUAGCGGCCUAUCACUCAAUGACCCCUUGAUGGUUGGACCUACUAUUCAGGAUGAUAUUGUUCUAUUAUUAAUUCGUUUUCGGAUGCACGCUUUCGUCUUGACUGGCGACAUAGAAAAAAUGUACCGGCAGUUUCUUGUACGACCCGAAGGUCGUCGGUAUCAACGAAUUCUAUGGCGCAGCGAUGACGGCAAGGUCAAGACAUAUAAUUUGAACACGGUCACUUUCGGAUUGACAUCUGCACCGUACCUCGCGAUUCGAUGUCUCCACCAACUGGCGGACGACGAGGGGAACAGGAAUCCAGCGGCGGCACGAGUUAUAAAACAGGACCUUUACGUUGAUGAUCUGCUCACGGGCGCAGACACCUGCGGGGGGGCUAUGAACUUGCGAGAUGGAAUCAUCGAUAUCCUCAAACGUGGAGGAUUAAAUAUUCGCCAAUGGGCUUCGAACGAGCCACAGCUUCUCUCCGGACUCGACGAAGCACAGAUCAGUAAGAAAUUCUUAGGAGAUUCCACUCUCAAGACCCUUGGUGUAAUCUGGGAUGCGCAAAACGAUAAAAUCCUAUAUACAAUCGAUCCGAUAGUGGCAAAUAGGGUAACGAAGCGAACAAUUUUGUCAUCGAUUGCAAAAAUCUUCGAUCCGUUAGGUUUACUUGCGCCGGUCAUUAUCAAAGCCAAAAUUUUAAUGCAGCGUUUGUGGCAACUGCAAUUGGACUGGGACGAAGCGACACCAGCCAAUCUUCAUACAGAAUGGAUUACUUUCGCAGCGGAAUUCAAUUUCUUAAACAAUUGUUCUUUCGAUCGACACGUUUUACAACACGUAGUAAGUAAGACUGAGCUUCAUGGCUUUUGCGACGCGAGCGAGCGAGCCUAUGGUGCCUGCAUUUACGUGCGUACGGUGACCAAAUCCGGAAACAUUAAAACGGAAUUACUGUGUGCAAAAUCGCGAGUUGCACCACUGAAAACAGUCAGUCUUGCGCGUUUAGAAUUAUGUGGAGCUGUACUCCUCUCCUUUUUGUACAAUACGGUUACGAAAGCGACGUCACGGAAUUUCGACACGAGUACAUUUUGGACAGAUUCUACAAUUGUUUUAAAUUGGAUUAAUAAGGAACCUUCGACAUUGAAGACGUUCGUAGCGAAUCGCAUCACCGAGGUACAAUCGAAAACCGACAUCAACGCUUGGAAACACGUUAAAUCAGCCGAUAAUCCGGCCGAUCUGAUUUCAAGAGGACAAUCGCCGUCGCAGUUCCUCGCAGACUCCAUUUGGCGUCAUGGACCACAGUGGCUCGCCAGUGACGAAUCGACUUGGCCAGAGUCUAAAUACACGAUUAUACCUGAAAUUUUGGAAGCGCGACCGCUCGCGUGCUUCGCAACCGUUAUUAAUCAGGAUGAUCAAAUUUUAAACAGAUACUCGUGUAUUGAAAAACUUUGA